AUGCCAUCCUUUCUAUCUCUUUUCAAAUCUAAGCAACGAGCGAAAUCCGCACCACCUGCUUCUCGACACAUUUGGCCUGGACGGCAUCGUUCACAGUCUGCCGUGCUUCACUUGGCCCACGACUCCCAACCUGACGAAACAAGCGAAGAGGUUCAGCCUGCAAAGACUACAGAUAAUGAUGAUAAUGCGACGGAUACAAGAAGCUUCCAUGAAUCAGACGAGGAAAUAAAUACUCUCGACAAUGGCUCUCCACUAGAGAGGCAGGUCUCAAACGCUGUUCGAUGUUCUCACAAAAGCAACGAAGGUAGCGAUCAUUCUCGAUCUCAGAAUGGAUCCCAAAGAAAGUCCCAGCCCGGAACAAAGCGUCUGGAAGGAUUCAUGGCCCGAUUUCGGAUGACUCGAUCCCAAGAUCGGAGCUCUGCAUCAGAGCUACUUACCCAAAGUAUCCCACAAGAUGCAGCCCGAGACGCUACGACAACGGAUCCCGUCAAGAAAGACAUACCUCCACGAGAUUCAUCCACACAUGUAAGCGAGCAUGGACUUGAAACUCAGGAACAGAAUCGCAAUGUGAGCGCCCAAACUGUCCAAUCUCAAGAUUCAAACCAGACCACGACCACUGUCUUCCGGCAUCCGUCUCAGCCCAUCGCUAUGCCGAUCGAUGAGCUACAGGACGAGGCAUUUUGGUCCAGCUUGUUGAAUUUCAGAACUACCAGUCCCACGGCGCAUACCGUUGAGCCGUCAGACCCCUUCUCUGAUGGAAAGGAUAUCGAGCCCCAGAACCACCAACCCGCUGUAUCUUCCCAUUAUAGUGGUGAUCGCAGUCAGAGACAAUCUGAGACUUCGGGUCAUACGUCCACUCAUACUCAAGUUGACAGCGAAUGUCAAAGGUCCUCCGCACAUCAAAGAUCUUCCAAGUCCCAUAGCAGUCACAGUACCCCUCCUCCCAAUGGUACUCGUGUCAGCUCUGUCAGCAGCCAUUCGAGUCGGGGCAGUAGACUUAGUCGUGUGGACCCAUCAAGGGCAGCGAUGGCAUUUGAGGUUCUCGCUACUUCAAUGAGACUAGCAAUAACACUCAGGGAAGAUGAGUCUUCCGUCGAUAAACCUGAUGAAAGCCAGAACGCUGAGGAAGAUGGUGAAAUUGGUCGUCGCCGUCGAUUCGGGCGUGUCCCUCGAUACUAUCUCCCGACUUGGAGGACACAGCUACCUUAUUCUGCCUCCAGACCUGGCGCCCGCGCCUUUGCAGCUACCAGCAUGUAUUGUAGCGAUGAUUAUGUAUCUUCGAAGAUCCGGUUUGUGGCCCUCUCUCUUCACCUGCGUCUGCGUCACAGUUUAAGUCAACUGACUCGGGUUCCUGCAGCUCCCCAUUCAGCCAGUCUUUUUGUUGAGCCAGGCGACAUGAAAGCCGCCACCCGUCUCUAUAAUCAUUUUGCCAGUCAGGUUUUACUUGCAGAACGAGAUGCACACCGGAUUGCGAUGACGAUGCGAGUGAUCGCCAUCCCACAUAUUGACACCGAGUCGAGCUCGAUGGCUGUACUUAGCGUGGGUUGGGUAUUUGUAGAACUACUGGCGGGAUUACCCAAUGGAAUAUUGGGCUCUGUCCAUCUUUACCGGGUUGUACAUCGCAUUUUCUUGGCAGCCACCGCAAAUCCAGGUCGCGUGCGGUUGAUCACAUUAGCGAUUAUGGCCCUGACCAGUGAGAUGGAAUGUGCGAUGAUCUGCGCAGUUUGUGGUUUUCUUACGGGGCUACUUCAAGCCACAGGAAGGGUGCGUGAGGGGCCUACUCAACCCCAGACUCCCGGGAAUCCAGUCCGGCCUGUGGCAAGCUCCCUCCAGCCCGACGGAUUGGCACGGGUAUUUGGGCCGCUGUUGAUCGGCAGGCGUCGCAACCGUAGCGCUCAGCGGCCGGUGGAACAAGAGAUCGAGGAAGAGCGGAUUAUGUUGUUUUUGCUGGAGAAUUGGCUUGGUAUCUGCCGUCAAUUGUGGGAAUGGACAGGGCGGCCAGCGCCAGGGUUGGGAGGACGGGGGUAA